AAGCAUGCGCGGUGGUCCUCAUGUGCACGGUGUGCACCUGGAUGGUGUGGGAAGGACGAUUGCAUCCUCGCCAGAAGGACAUCGACGACCAGAGACGACGACGGUGAAGGUGUACGCGCGCUGCCUGCGGCCCGACAUCGAGUACAAGACGCUGGGCAUCACGUUCCAGACGACGUGCCGCGAGGUGGUGGAGGCCCUCCUGUCCAAGUACCGGAUGCGGCACCGCGACCCCAACCUCUUCUUCCUCACGAUGGAGGUGACGGUGCGGAGGGCGGGCGUGCGCACCGUGCUGGUGCUGGACGAGGAGGCCAGGCCCGCCGCCCUGCAGGCGUGCCACCCCACCGGAGACUCCAGAUUUGCUCUCCAGACAAGACGUGGUGGUUUAGUCAAAAUCUACGAUAGUGCAGUCAUGCCUGGGUCCCAGUACAAAAGCCUAUUGAUCUCUGAGCGGACUACAGUAGAUGAGCUGCUUCAGAUUUUGCUGAAUUGCUACAACAGCAAGGAGCGAGUAGAGCAGUUCUCACUUUAUGAAGUGAACAGCUCCCAAGAGUACCAGCGCAAACUUCACCCUGAUGACCAUCCUCUGCGAGUUCAACAGGCUUGGUUACCACAGCACCAGCUUCACUUUCUAGUACGCAGAAACACAGAUUACAGAAUGCGACGGGGAAAGCAAACACCAUGGAGCCCAGAGCUUGCAUCUAUACCAAGUUCAACCCCCCUCAAUAGUCGAGGAAUGUUGCCGCUGUCUUCCACUGCACCAUCAACUUCGUCUCCAUUUGCAGACUAUGAAAACUACUUUUAUAUAUGAUUCCCAGAGCUCUUUGCAUUUUUAAAUUGUUUUAAUAUAAUGCGACAAGAGUUUUGGGCAACUCUCAGAAGCAAUUGAACGAGGAGUUCUCGCCGAGGCUGACAGUUCAACCAGUCACGGCUUUGAUUUCUCUGCAUGUUCCUUUCAGGCAUAAAAUUGUAUUUUUGAUGCCCUAAAGGCUACACCUAAGUACCUGAGUGAAAGUUUUAGAGGUAGAUCCCACUUCCCACAUCAUUCUUGCCUUGUGUAAUAAUUGUUUUGGGCUUCUAGUUCGUGGGCAAGUAUAGAUAAAUGCGCUUGUUAAUAACUAAUUGUCAAUAAUGUGACCAUGUAAAUUGGCAAUGGACCCCAUUGAUUACAAGCCAGGAGUUUAUUGUGGUAGUUAUUGAUUCAAGUUGGUGCUUUGUGGCAUUGAAUUCUUUUUGGUAUGGCACUCCCAACUUUUCACUGGAAGUAAAAGUCACGACAAAGACAGAAAUACUGCUUGUAAAUGAAAUAUGGAAAUUUCAUUCGACAAUUGUUAAGUGAAGACAAUUCAAAUUUUUAAUUAAUGUACCAUUGUGUUAAAAUGUAUGAGGUACGCAGUAAGUACAGAUGUGCAGAAUUACACUUACCACUGCACUUCUUUCAUUGACACAUUCUACUUUCCUUUCCCAAAGAUAGCUUAUCACCAUUAAUUACUAGUGUUUUAUCAGCAUUAUUUAAGUUUUAUUGUGUGUAGUUGUUUUAAUUUAAAUGUUUAAUGAUAAGUUUUCACAGUAAAUCUAACUUACUGGUGAGCAUUAUUUUUCCUCUUUUAAAUAUGAAGUUACCGUUUUGCAGUGUUUUUAAAGAAAUUUAUUUUGUGUAUGUAUUCAAUUUGUUGUCAUGUACCAUAGACAAAUGAAUUUCGCUUUCUAUUUUUAUCUGUGCUAUUGGAUAGUAAAACUUUCCAAACAAGCCACUUUCAGUUCUGGCAAGCAUGAAUGGCGGACAAAAUGUGCUGUCUUAAUUGGUAAACGUCUAUCACUGCACUAUAUUCAAGUGCUUUGAAUUGUGAAAGCCAGUGGCAAAUGAUCAACAGAAGAUUGUUUUAGACCUACUGACUGCUAGUCCAUACCAAAGAUAAUGAGCAAUUGACAUAAUCUUAGAUUUCUUCAAAAAUGUACAGAACAAUCUGUAAAAUGUAUUUUUAUCAUUGUUCUAUGUCAUAGUUAUGUAUGUAUCUUUUAAAUGUUUGUAAUAAAAAACUAUAAUAAUAA